GGGCUGGGCCGCAGGAUUUGCAUUCUCAUGUCCAGUUUCAUCUUCACGGUGGGUGGCAUCAUCAUGGGUUCAGCCCCAGACAAGGUGGUUCUUCUUGUGGGCAGAGUCACAGUUGGCCUCGGGAUAGGCUUAGCCUCCAUGACUGUUCCUGUCUACAUUGCUGAAGUUUCCCCUCCUCAGCAGAGAGGUCAACUUGUCACUGUGAACUCCCUCUUCAUCACUGGUGGUCAGUUCAUUUCCAGUGUGGUGGACGGUGCCUUCAGUUACCUAAGCCCCGGAGGAUGGAGGUACAUGCUGGGCCUCUCCUGUCUUCCUGCGGUGCUGCAGUUCGUUGGCUUUUUAUUCCUGCCCGAAAGCCCCCGCUGGCUUCUCCAAAAAGGCCGCAGCCAGGAGGCUCAGCAAGUUCUCAGCCAGAUCCGAGGUGGCCAGAACGUUGACGAUGAGUAUGACACCAUCAAGACCAGCAUCGAGGAGGAAGGGAAGGACGCAGGCGCAGGAGGCAUCGUCUUCCUGCAGAUCCUCAACCACGGUCCGACACGCCGGGCUCUGAUUGUGGGCUGUGGUCUCCAGAUGUUUCAGCAGCUGUCGGGUAUAAACACUGUCAUGUAGGUCAUGUAGGUCAUGUAGGUCAUGUAGGUCAUCUGCUCUGUUUCUCUUCUAAUUGUUUUCCUUUGCAAAAACAGAAAUCAUGAACCAAAACAGAAUAAUUUUCAGUUUUGUUUUGUUCUAUUAAGUUCCAGUAAUAAUGGCCAAAAGAUUGUGUUUUAUUAAACUGUGUAUUGAGUGUUCGCUGAUUUCACAGUGUGGUGCUAGGUUUUUAAUUAACAUACGGCCCGUGGCCCAAAACCGGCCCGUUAGGGUGUUCAAUCCGGCCCACUUGAUGAAUUUUGAAAAUAAAAAUUACACAAACAUCAUG